AUGUUUCUUGGUGCUGUGGACAAGGUAUUUCCUGGCGCUGAGGACAAGGUUCCUGGCGCUGAGAACAAGGUUCCUGGCGAUGAGGACAAUGAUUCUGGCGCUGAGGACAAGGUUCCUGGCGCUGAGGACAAGGUUCCUGGUGCUGAGGACAAUGUUCCUUGCGCUGAGGACAAGGUUCCUGACGCUCAGCACAAGGUUGCUGGCGCUGAGGACAAGAUUCAUGGUGCUUAG